AUGGAAAGAGAACUUGCAAGCAUGCAAGAAUUAAUCAGAAUACUUGAACAAGAUGUCCACAUCACAAGGUAAUGAAGAAAGUAAAAAGUUUAUAUUAUGUGAGGAUCUUGCAGCAGCGUGACAGAUUUCUGCAAUCGCAUCCUUAAAAAAUAAAUGCUCGACAUCAGGAGUGAUGGAUUCUCGAAAUUUCGCUGUGCGAUUAAAUUCUAUGGACAAGUCAAGGUUGUUGACCUCAUUGGUGAUACUAAUUGUUGGAUUGUUUCUAACAGGGAUACUGUUGAGUUGUUCAGGCAGCGACAAAAAGCUGUAGAAGAAAAAGAAAACAGGAGAAGAGACAUCAGACACAAUCUGAUGACUCAAGUAGAGGAAAUUGAGAGUGAACUGGGACGAGCAUUAGAGGAGCGCAAGGAGCUAAUGUCAUUUAUCAUGUGAGUAGAUCAUAAGUUGACUAAAUAAUGAAAAAUAAAUGGAUGGAACGAUAUGGUGAGAUGGGAUGGGAAGAGAUAAAUCAGUCAGGUCAUGUUUCCAUUAAUGGUCAGGGUUAGAAACUCGUAAGUCAAACUGACAACAACCGCUGAUUUAUUACUUUUUCUCUCCACAGUGAAUGCGGAAUUCGCAAAACAGCCUUGGAAAAAGAUGUUCAAGCGAUAGAAAAGAAGGUGGAAUUUUUCUGGGAAGACCUGUAUGAUCCAUCUCCAGAUCCCAAAACACGUGCUAAAACAUGGCAGGAGAAUCUGCGUCCUGUGCGUUCAACGAGUGACCUGAACAAGGCGGUGCUUAAGCCACCCUUGUGUUUUGCACAGGACGCAGAUGAUCUCCAAGUGUGGGCUGUACCUUAUGAUGCGAGUGACGAGCAACUCUUUGCAGAAAGACUCAGAAAUGAAGUUUUAAUCACAAAAAGCAAAGAAACCUUCGUUUAA